AUGUCAAAUUUGGAACAGCUACCGACCAGAUACCUUAUCUUCGAACUUGUGUCUCCUCAUCCUAGGGUCGUCAUGAUGAAUAGAAAGCUUGAUCUGAUAGCAUAUGGUCAUGGGCCUAAGGGCCCAAUAUGGCGAACCGUAACGCUCCAUGACCUCAUGAAUGAGGAUGGCGUGGGGGGUUUGAGUCCAAAGGGACUUGCAGUUCGACUAGUCUGGACAGAAGCGGAUAAGGCGAAGAAAGAAGCAGAAAGAAAGGGGUUACAGCCUGAUUUUAGGGAGGAGUGGCUGGAACGUCACAACCAAGAAAUCAAGGAAUUGGAGGGAAUGCGUCGUGAUCUACCUUCUGGGGCAGAAAGCUCCUAUAUAGAUGGCAGACUAAAGGAGGUAAAAGAUUCGAUGGCAAAGGUCCCUGAGAUGCCGGUCGGUUGGAGUUCGAAGAAAUUUGAACUGGCCAGGGAAAAAUAG